ACAAGUUCAAAGAACACUUGACGAAGUUGCGAUAAGAUAUCCGUCGCUGAGACCCGUGAUGACUCUUAUGCGCUUAAGUUAGCAUGUUGCCUGAAAGUGGAUGAUGCGGCACUAUUCUGGCCGAAAGCGUCCCAACAUUUCCCCGGACGAAUAUGGCGGCGGUCCCGCAGAAGGUCUUGAACUGGCUCUACAGUGUUUUGACAAGCGAAUAUCAUGAUGUGAAUCGAACCUACGCAGACGUUGCUCGCACGCUCUCUUCUUAUUCUUCACUGUCACCGAGAACGGAUGUUUAUACAUACGAGAAUGGCGCAUCUGCUCUUCUCCUCCUCGUUAGUGGCACAUUGCCGGUCACGUUUCGUGGUGCCGUCUAUCGAUUUCCCAUAUCACUUUGGAUUCCGCACGCCUAUCCAAGGCAGUCACCUAUUGCCUACGUCACAGCGGCUCCAGGUAUGAUCAUACGACCUGGCCAAUACAUAAGUGCAGAAGGGCGGAUAUAUCAUCCAUAUCUUGCUCAAUGGGAGGGAAUGUGGGACAGAUCGACGCUUCUGGACUUCCUUGCGAUUCUGAGAGAUGCGUUUGCGAAAGAGCCCCCUCUUGUCUCGAGCCAACAGCAUGCGCGCCCAUUCUCGCAAUCGCAGAACACACCGCCUCCUCUGCCGCCUCUGCCACCAGAAUUUGGUUCCCCAUCAUCUUCACGACCUCCUUCUACAGCAUCUACUCAAAGUCCCUCAUCAGUACCUCCACCACCACCGCCAAAGUCACUUGAAAUUCAAGGGGAAGCGACUGGCUCUCCCUCCCGCCAACCCGCAAAUACGCAAUCACAAAACCCGCCCACACACCCGCCCACACUUCCUAGGAAGCCGAACGAAUAUUAUGGUCCUCCUCGCCAAUUGAUAAAUGGUACAGUCACUACGACGCAGUCUCAAGGCCGUUACACUCCGCAACGAUCGAGCAGCCUGAGAAAUGAGAAUGAUCAGGUCUCUCUAUCCUACCAGGGAAGGGAGCCGGUUCCGGCCACUGGAACUCGUCACGGAACUACGAGGAUCCCUAUCGGCCCAAUAACUCCAACCGAUGCUGCACCCCAGUAUCGACCGAUGCCGCCAUUACCGCCUGUUCACAGUAAUCUGCAAAGUCAACCAUAUCGUUCUGAGGGUGCCCUGCAGCCCGGAUUCACUCCGCCCAUGUCUCCCCGAGAUCAGCAGCAAUCUGUGCGCGGUCGACAGCCAUUUACUGGACCAGACAUAGCACCACAGUCUCGAGAAAUACGACCAGUGCAAGAUCUAAUAUCAUCGCCACUGGAAAUAUCGUUAUCUCACCAGACUAAGGAUAGCCCUGCGCUUUCUGCGCCGCCUAUUCCCCCUAAUCCGGAAAAGGAUGCUCUCCUCGCGGCUCUCUCAACGAAGCUUCGGGAGCAGCUUUUCCAGAGUACCGAGCAGGGACAAUUUAUUUUGCCGUCUUUGCACGCUCAACAGAUGGCCCUUCAACAAGCUGCACAGGCAUUGCAGAUGGAGCUCGGUGCUCUUCAGUCCCUCGAUAGCACACUUGCACAAAAUGAGAAGAUUCUUCAUGACUCCAUACGCGAGGCUGAUCAUGUCAUCUCAAGCGCUGGUACUCGGGCUGUCCCUGGCGUUGACGAUGUACUGGUUGCUCCUACUGUUGUCGGUGGCCAGCUCUACGAAUUAUGUGCCGAAGAAGGGGCUCUAGCGGAUACGCUUUUUGUUCUUGGGAGGGCAUUGGAUAAAGGACGAAUCGGCUGCGACACAUUUAUCAAGCAAACACGGAGUUUAGCACGUGAGCAAUUCAUGAAAAAGGCUCUGAUUAAGAAGAUUGGCAAGGGAAUGGGUUUGGAUGAUCCGCGACGAUAGAUGAAGCAUAGAUUAUAUACAUGAUAUCUUGAAUAAUUUGUAAAUUAGUACGAUCCUUCAAUAAUUUCAUCCAAAUAACGGG